AUGAGUCAGCAACAGCAGCAACCUCAGCAACCUCAACAACCAGCGUCGCCUGUCCAACCCGCCAACGUCUACCAACCGCCCGUUCAGAACCCCGAGGCCAUUCAAUCAAUUCCUCAAGGGCACAACCACGAAGUGCUUCCCCCUAGUUAUGACCAGGCCAAAGCUGCCCCCCAUGGCGUGCCCGUCCCAGGGCCAAAUGGCUAUCCCGCGACUGUCGUGCCUCUCAACAUGCUCAGCGACCAACCGCAGCCCAUCGACUGCCCGUUCUGCCAUCGACGGACCAUGACAGAAAUUCGCAAGGAGGGAAGCUCUAUGCAAAUUCUCGUCGGUGCCCUUUUCUGUCUCGUUUGCGUUUGCCUGACUUGCGUGCCCUGCCUCGCCGGCUGGUUCGAGGACGUUGAGUACCGCUGCAGCCAGUGUAAGAACAUGGUUGCGCGGCGCCGUCACGAUGGUGCUCUAGAGGUACUCGUGCCCCAGACGCCCGUUCUUUCGCAGUACGCCCAACAGCCCCAGAUGAACGUCCAGGCCCAGCAGUACGAAAUGCAGCCCCAAAAUCCUCAGCCUCAAGAUCCCCAGCAUCAGAACCAGCAGCAGCAGCAUCUGCCUGUGCAAGAGAUUCAGCCCGCCUACCACCAACCCCAGCAGCAGCAGCCGCUGACAUCCCACGCGAUUGCCUGGUCCUGUGACGCCGAGCUCGCCAUCGCAACCAUAGAAGGCAUCCACAUCUUCCUCCCCGAGUACCCGCGCAGCAGCACCAGCAGCGAAGGGGAGAAGCCCCCCUCUGAGCGCUACGCCGCGUCGCCGCAGUUUCCCCUCUUUAUGCAGACGUCGGGCUCGCUGCGGCCCGACCCGAGCAUCAAUGCGCCGCUCUGCCUCUUUGCCGGCGUACACGAGCUGCCACCGCUGCCGCCACCGCCACAGCCUCUGUCUGGCGGCACCGACAGCGCGGGCGGCUUCCCGGGCGUCGGGCGCGGCAAAAUCACCGGCGCGGGAGCCUCCCUGGGCCAAGUUAUCCGCGUCGAGUGGUCGCCUGGCGGGCUGGGCAGCAACCUGCGGCCUGUGCUGACGGCGCUGACGGGCCACGGCGCCGUCAUCUGCUUCGGCGAGCACAUUGACCUGCGCAAAGCUGGUGGCGGCGGCGGCGGCGGCGACGCAUCGACGAUGCAGGUGCGCUCGUUUAAGAACUGGCGCACUUUGUGGGGGCUGGGCGCGCUGCUGCCGCUGCCGAUUGCGGGAGGAGGGCGGCGGCGCGCGGAGCUGGGACGGGAUGUCGAGGUUAUGAAUGAGCGCAUAACGGCAUUUUCUUGGGCAAAGGAGAUUUUGCCGGGAAGGGCGCUGCUGGCAUAUGAGACGGAUGAGGGGGAAGUGGUCGUGAUGGCGGUGCAGUUUUACAGUCGAGACAGCGCACCGGAUGAAAAGGGCUGGGAUAUCUGCGAAGUGGCGAGGUUUGACGCCAGCGGACCGCACGUGGCUACGGAUGCGCUAGAUCCUGAUUUUACAUCUUCUGGCUCUGCCUUUUCUCUGAAAUGGAGUCCAUGGGUUAGCCACGAGGGGAAACAGAUUGCCGCGUUGUCAUAUAUUGCACACAAUCAUGUUGGAUUCCGCAGGGUUGUGAUAGAAGAGUCGUGGAAACUAGGGGAAACCCCGUCUAUCACAGUAGACGAACAUGAUUUGAAGGGUAUCUGUUUAUUCCUCUCUACAGAUGCCUUUCUCGAGUGGGAGAAUGUCCCUUGGAACGACGAUGGAAUCAUCAACAUGCGUGGGAUCAUCGCUUCUCCGUUUAUCCUCCAACCUUUCCAAAUUCCUCUCACCGGCCCGUCGUCCAGCGCCGCCCUACCGCGACACAGAACAAGGUUAUGCUCGACCACGUAUCCAAGCCAAGACGUGCCAACCAAUCCCAUAACCGGCCUCAUCAUCCACCACGCCGACAUUUCAUCACGGUCUCCCGCACCGCACUACUCGCUCGUGCGGCAGUCCUGCACGGCCACCAACCAAGACUGGUUCCAAACCACCCUGCCCGAGGACGAGACGCCGAUCCCGCAAUGGGCCGAAGACCUAGGCCAACGCACCGUCCGGCGUAUCCCUCUCGCCAGAGCCCUGCGCGGCAAGGACAUUGACUCUGACGACUCCUCUGACGAGGACGACGGGGGAGAACCGGCGGUUCUUCCAGACGCUGGCGACGGUCUCGACGUCGACCCCGACCUCGACGUGCAGAUGCAAGAACCCCGUGAAGAACGCUCCUCGUCGCAGCAGCAGCAGCACGUCCACCCGCGCCGCUUCCGCCUCUGGGGCCUCGCUGCCUCUCCCGGCGACGGAUGUACCGCCACCGUCGUGUCCAAGUACAACACGCAGCACCCGAGCCGGCGCGAUCGCGCCGAGGUCAUGUUUGGCUGGCACGUGCCCGGCGACGCCGAGGAAGCGUCAUCAGCAGCAGCAGGAGCAGCAGGAACGGGGAACAGCAGCAAAAAGACAAUGUCGCCGCCGCCACCACCACCACCGUCACCGCUUGCCAAAUUGACGACGGAAGCGCGCGUAUGGGAAUGGAUGUACGGACGAGGGAGCCAAGUCCCCGGCACCACGCCGGCAAGCGACGACACUUUUCUGCCUGUGAGCAGCAGCCUGACGAGCGCGCUGCGGUGGCAGUUUCGCGACGUGCUGCCGCGCAUCCGCUGCGUGUUUUGUGAGGCCCCCAUGCGAGAGCAGGGCGCCGAGGCCGUUUGUGACGCGGGCCACUCAUUUGCAACAUGUGCGUCGUCGGGCAUGCCCAUCAUGGCGCCCGGCGUGUCCCGCGUCUGCGCCGUCUGCGGCCUGCGCUGCCUGCAGACGGCGGAGCUGGCGAGGCUGGCCGGGGAGCAUCUCGGCCGCGACGUGCCGCUCGACGUGUCGGCGGAGACGUGCGGCGGGUGCGGCGGCAAGUUUAUCGUUUGA